AGGCAGUUGGAAUCUGGAAGGAGCGAAGUGCGCGCUGCACCAUGUGGAAAUAUCCGGCAGAGCGCGUCUGCCUGUGAUACAGAGGAAAAACCCCAGCAUAAUCAAAUUGCACACAGAAUUUGGGAAAUAACUGCUGAUGAAGAAAAGAAAGGAAAUACAUUUGGUAGAGAAUGGCUGCCCCUGAUCUUCUGGAUCCCAAAUCAGCCACUCAGAACUCCAAGCCCCGCCUGUCCUUCUCCAACAAGCCCAUUGUCUUGAACUGUGAGGACGACUUUGACACGAUCACCACUGUCAUGCGGUGGAAGACAGUUUCCGCCAUCUUCCUGCUGGUGGUGCUCUACCUGAUCAUUGGCGCCACAGUGUUCAAGGCCCUGGAGCAGCCCCACGAGAGCUCCCAGAAGUAUGCCAUCCUGGCGGAGAAACUGGAGUUCCUCGCCCGCCACUCCUGCGUUAACUCCUCUGAGCUGGAGGACCUCGUUAAGCAAGUGGUGUCUGCAAUAAGAGCUGGGGUCAACCCUCAUGGCAACUCAUCCAAUCAAACGAGCCUCUGGGACCUCAGCAGCUCCUUCUUCUUUGCUGGGACUGUCAUCACCACAAUAGGCUUUGGGAAUAUCUCGCCACACACUGAAGGGGGAAGGAUAUUCUGCAUUAUCUACGCUUUGCUGGGUAUCCCCCUCUUUGGGUUCCUGCUGGCAGGGGUCGGAGAUCAGUUGGGGACAAUUUUUGGAAAAGCAACCGCCAAAGUAGAGAAGAUUUUUGUUAAAUGGAACGUGAGCCAAACCAAAAUCCGUGUGACAUCCACUGUCCUGUUCAUUCUCUUUGGGUGCCUGCUGUUCGUCACCCUCCCAGCCAUCAUAUUCAAGCACAUAGAGGGCUGGAGUGCACUGGAGGCCAUUUACUUUGUUGUCAUCACCUUAACAACCAUUGGAUUUGGCGAUUUUGUAGCAGGAGGGUCAGAAAUUGAGUACCUGGACUAUUAUAAACCAGUAGUGUGGUUCUGGAUCCUGGUUGGUCUGGCCUACUUUGCUGCAGUGCUCAGUAUGAUUGGAGACUGGUUUCGAGUCAUAUCCAAGAAAACAAAGGAGGAGGUGGGCGAGUUCCGAGCUCACGCGGCUGAGUGGACAGCCAACGUGUCAGCAGAGUUCAAGGAGACACGCAGGCGCCUGAGCGUGGACAUCUAUGACAAGUUCCAGAGGGCAGCCUCCAUCAAGCGCAAGCUUUCAGCCGAACUCGGCAUGAACCCCAACCACGAGAUGACGCCAGGGAAGAGGACCCUAUCGGUCAACUUCACCGAUGAGCGGGAGCGGGACGCCUUCCCCGCCCUGUCCAAAAACGGCAGCCUGUACUUGAAUGGCCUCAGCCCGGACUAUGCCGAACGUACCGAGAUCGCGGUCAUCGAGCACCUGAAAUGAAAACGUGCAAAUGCUCACACGCAAACACACACACACACACACACACACACACACACAUA